AUGCUACCAUGGUUAGCAAUUGGUCACCUUCUCCCAUUCCUAGACCUUGCCAAACGUCUAGCACAACACGGCCAUCAAAUCUCCUUCUUCUCCACUCCCCAAAACCUCCACCGUCUCCCAUCUCUCCCUUCCCAUCUAUCCUCUCUCAUCUCCUUCAUCCCUCUCCCUCUCCCUCCCAUCCCUGACCUCCCUCCCAACGCCUCCGCCACUCUUGACCUCCCUUCCGACCAUCUCCGUCCACUUCUCCGCAAAGCCUUUGACUCAUUCCAACACUCUCUCCUUCCCUUCCUCCAUUCUUCACCUCCUCACUGGCUCCUCUUCGACUACGCCGCUCACUGGGUUCCUUCUCUAGCUCGUCAUCUCCACAUCAAAUCCGCCUUCGUGGCCCUCCACAACGCCACCGCCCUCUCUUUUUUCGGCCCUCCUUCCGCUCUCUCCGGCCCUGAUUCCCGUACUUCCCCUGAACAAUUCACCCAAAUCCCCAAUUGGAUCCCUUUCCCUAAUUCCACUAUCACUUACCGUCUCUACGAAGCUCGUGAGCUCUUCAACCCCGGCGUCCUCCCUGAUGCCUCCGGCGUCUCUGAGUCCUUCCGCUACAGCGCAUCCAUCUCCGACUCUGACUUCGUCGCCAUUCGUAGCUGCCACGAGUUCGAAUCCAUUUAUUUAGACCUCCUCCAAAACCUCUACAACAAACCUCUCAUCCCUUUCGGUUUGCUCCCUCCACUCAUACACACUCAAAACAGUCACCAAAUUCCCAAUGAUUUGAAGCAGUGGUUGAAUAAACAAACUCUAAAGAGUGUUGUGUAUGUAGCAUUUGGUAGUGAAGUGAAGCUAAGUAAAAAAAGUGUUCAAAAAAUAGCAUUAGGGUUGGAGCUUUCGCAACUACCAUUUGUUUGGGUUCUCCGAGCAAGUGAAGAUUGGUUGCCGGAAGGGUUUGGGAGGAGGAAUGAAGGGAAGGGAGUUGUUGUGUUUGGUUGGGUUCCUCAACUGAGUGUUCUUGGUCAUUGGGCAGUGGGUGGGUUCCUGUGUCAUGGUGGGUGGAGCUCCAUUGUUGAAGGGCUUGGGUUUGGGGUGGCAAUGGUGAUGUUGCCAAUGGUAUUUGAACAGGGUUUGAAUGCUAGGAAUGUUGUGGAGAAGGGGAUUGGGGUGGAGGUUGUGAGGGAUGAAAAUGAUGGUUCUUUUAGUGGUGAGGAUGUUUGUCGGAGUUUGAGGUUGGUGAUGGUUGAUGACGAAGGGGAGUGUUUUAGGAAGAGGGCUUUGGAGAUGAAAGAUGUGUUUGGUCAUGAGGAGUUGCAUGAUAGGUAUAUUAGUGGUUUCAUUCAAUUUCUCUGGGAUCAUAGGUAG